GGCUGCCUUUUCUCUCCAUGUGCCGACAGCUCACACAGACAGCAAUCCGCUUACAGUGUGUCCAAAUUAAAAAAAGGGACCUCCGCGUUUCACUUGAUCGUCCUCGACUGUCUUCACUCCGCAAAUUAUUGACUAACUCCGAGAGCAACCCGUUCAUAGAUGUUAAUUUUUUCCACACGUUAAAAUCCUCUCUUUUUUUGCCCCCUCGCUGGAAGUAUUCUUUUUUUAAAAAAACACACACAAGGACGAGCUCUACGCGAAGAGCGACCUCGACUUUAGAAGACAUGUGCGUGCGACGAGACAGCCAGUUUAGGACCCUCUUCGCGGUUUUGAUUUUCGCCUGCGCCGCGACCAAAAUACGUGGGCAAGGUCCAAAAGAAAGUAACAGCAUUAAUAAGAGGACACUGGACCAAGACAGGGGGCUCUUUACACACUUGUCUACACAGGACACAGAAAGCGAAGUUCAUCCAGUCACAACCGUCUCACCGAUGAACCUCCCCAACCACCAGCGUGUCUUCAAGGGCCUGCUGCUUCAUGAGCACCUACUUACCAGGGAUUUCCAGGGGGAUCAGCAUUUUUUCAGGAAGGAUGGCUCCGUUGCUGCAUAUCCCACAAUGCCAGGCUCUGUGUCUGCUUCAAAUGCUGGAGACCCUGUCACUCAAAUCGUGCCCCAUGAGGAUGCCCCGGCCUUCUCCGACGUCGCCACUACGGCCACUGCGGCUGCCACCUCCCCGCUGACCACAUUUUCUCCCACGACACCGGGGUCGCCGAUGUCUCUCCCUCAAAGCAAGUCAUCUAAGGAGAGGACAAGGGUGGCCGACAAAGUACAGCCAACUACAGACACCCUCACCACUCAAGUAACGCCAAAUAAUAGAGGUUCGGGCAGCGAAAACAAGCCAGUGGCUUCCUUAUCCUCACGGGAAAGUCGGCCUCAAAGUUGGAGUGCUUCUCCCGUACGGGCUACUAUUGCACCCUCCUCCUUGUGGAUAGAGAAAGGAGAAGCCAGGGAAACUGCAGUGAAAAACAAAACCAGCCCUGACCAUGUACUCCUCAAGUCUGAAGAAGAACGUACCACCACGUCCACAACCGUUAUCACAACUACUACCAUCACCACCAUGCAAACAUCAGAGCCCUGCAGUCUGAAUUUCACUGACCCUGAGGGUAGCAUCGAAAUCCUACAGCAACUUGACUCUGGAGUGGAGUGCAACUACUUGAUUACGGUCUACCUGGGAUAUGGCAUUGAGGUUCAGGUGCUGAAUGUGAGCGUGUUGGAGGGAGAGCAGGUGACUGUGGAGGAUACGGGUGGUCAAGAACCCUUCGUGCUUGCCAAUGGGUCAGUCUUGAUGAGGGGCCUUGUGUUGCGCAGCUGGAGCAACCAGAUCUCCAUCCGCUUUCGUAGCAACCAGCGGUCCGAUUCAGGCCUCCUCCUGCUGCAUUACCAAGCUUUUGUGCUGAGCUGUGCAUUUCCCAAGGAGCCUGCCGGUGGAGAAGUUUCGGUCACACACCUCCAUGCCAGCGGAGAGGCCUACUUCAGUUGUUUCACCGGAUACAAACUGCAAGGCCCCAAAAUGCUCAGCUGCCGCAAUGCAACAACACCUUACUGGAGUGGGAAGGAACCGCGAUGUGUGGCGUCCUGCGGGGGGAUGAUAAAAAAUGCUACCUACGGCCGCAUCGUCUCUCCCGGUUUCCCCGGCAAUUACAGCAACAAUCUGACCUGCCACUGGGUCCUGGAAGCCCCCGAAGGCCACCGGCUUCACAUUCACUUUGAGAAGGUGGCCCUGGCAGAGGACGAUGACAGGUUGCUUAUUAAAAACGGCAACAACAUAGACUCCCCCCCUGUGUACGACUCCUACGAGGUGGAGUACUUGCCCAACGAAGGCGUGCUCAGCACCGGACGUCACCUGUUCGUGGAGUUCACCACAGACGCGACGACGACUUCCACUGGUGCAGCCAUCCGAUACGAAGCUUUCUCGAAAGGGACGUGCUACGAGCCCUUCGUGAAGUACGGCAACUUCAGCAGCAGCGACUCCACCUACAGCGUGGGCACAGUGGUAGAGUUUUCAUGUGACCCCGGCUACACGCUGGAGCAAGGUUCUGUAGUGAUUGAGUGCAUGGACGCACAAAACCCGCAGUGGAAUGAGACGGAGCCAGCCUGCAGGGCUGUGUGCAGUGGAGAGAUCACGGACUCUGCUGGUGUGGUGUUGUCUCCUAAUUGGCCUGAGGCGUACGACAAGGGGCAGGACUGCAUCUGGGGUAUUCAUGUGGAAGAGGACAAGAGGAUCAUGCUUGACAUCCAAGUUCUCCAUGUGGGUAAGAAUGACCUGCUGACCUUCUACGAUGGGGAUGAUCUGACAGCCAACAUCCUGGGCCAAUACAGCGGCACGAAGCCUCACUUCAAGCUCUACACCUCCAUGGCUGAUGUCACCAUUCAGUUCCAGUCUGAUCCUGCCACCAACAUCUACGGCUACAACAACGGCUUUGUGGUUCACUUCUUUGAGGUGCCAAGGAAUGACACCUGUCCAGAGCUGCCAGAGAUCACCAACGGCUGGAAAAGCACAUCCCACCCUGACCUCAUUCACGGCACCGUCAUCACAUACCAGUGCUACCCUGGAUAUGAGCUGGUAGGCUCGGAAAUCCUCAUGUGCCAGUGGGAUCUCUCUUGGAGCGGCGAUGUGCCAAAAUGCGAGGAAGUUAUGACGUGUCGGGAUCCUGGAAACGUGGAGCACAGUCGUAAAGUGAUCGCUGGCAGCCGCUUCACCGUGGGAUCCACCGUGCAGUUCAUCUGUAACAAAGGCUACGUCCUGUCCGGCUCCAGCCUCCUCACCUGCUACAACAGGGAUUCAGCCGCGCCCAAGUGGAGCGAGAGGCUGCCCAAAUGCGUCCCUGAAAAGUACGAACCAUGCAGGAACCCUGGGGCUGCCUCCACAAGCGUGCAGAGUUCUGAGAAGGCCUUUUACCAAGCAGGAGAGAUGCUGACCUUCUCCUGCCAUGCUGGCUAUGAGCUACAGGGUGAGGCCACCAUCUACUGUAUUCCUGGACACCCAUCACAGUGGAAUAGCACUCCUCCUGCCUGCAGAGAAUCCACAAAACAGUAUGUGAAUGAACGCAGGCUAGAUGUUGUUAAUAUGGAUUAUGACAUGGAGGGAACCAAUAUCGCCCUUGCAGUUUUUAUUCCAACUGCAAUCAUCUUGGUGGUCGUCCUUGGGAUUUAUGUCUACUUUGCAAAACUCCAAGGCAAGUCCAUCAGAAUGCCGACAUCCUCGCCGCCGUAUGACAACAUGACAGAGGAGUCGGCCUUCGACAACCCGGUGUACGAGAGCGGACACUGGCAGGCUCAUUCUAGAUACUAAAUCCUGCCUGUAUGUCACUUUGACUGAGCCGCAGAACAACCAUGAGGACAAAUGAAAAAGAUUAAGAGGGGUCCGUUAAGAGACCUCAAAGCAGGAAGUGCUCAAGCUUUGCCUUUUGGGACCCUCUCUGCACUGCUCAUCUUUUCCUCCAGCCCCUUUUUCUUUCCCACAAUUUCAUUUUACUUUUCCCUCUACGUGUAUCCCUGUAAAUAUGUCUUACGUCUUUCUUUCCACGGUCAAACCUGUGAAUCUGUGGAACACCAUGGUGAUAUUUUUAUAAAGUAAAUCGUUGAUGACCGUUGGUGACUGUACGUUUUUUUUUUUUUCUCUCUCUUUUUCUUUUUGGAUGCCCAGCGGCAAUUAGAGAUGGGGGGAAAUGGUGCUUUGAUUGCCAUCGAGAUGUGUCGGACAAAAAUAACCCAUCACCCCAUUACACUUUGGAAAAUUUGCCAUCAUUAUUUUCUUUUUGUGUGUGGAUCUGCUACUUGUAAAUAAACUGCCUGUCCAAUAUGAGUGCCUCACGACUGACUAUAACCUGAGAAAAACACUUGUGAAAAUGUUUGUAAAACUAAACUUUUCGUUGAAUUUUCAUUUUGUAUUUGUGCGCCUGGCGUUAUUAGCGCUGCACAAUGUUUUCACCCUUUUUUUCCCCGUCGUGCAGUUUCCCCUCAAGAAACAAAUGAUGCCGGAUAUUUUCCUACUCGCUGAUGUGUGUUUCCGACUGCAGUUGGCCUCAGAGGAUUUUCUCAGAUAUACUGUACAGGUGCACAUUUUCAUAAUGGAACCCAUCAGCUAUGCAUACCACUGUUCUUACUGUAUGUCACACUGUAAAGUCUGCUUCAAAGGAUAAGUAGCACCUAGUUUACUUGUAUAUAUUCCAGAAUGUGGUUGCACCUCAGCAUUAGCAGAAUCUGAUAUUACACCAAUGGAUCUGGCUAAUAAACAUCAGACUGAAUCGUGCAGUGUGCAAAAUAAAUUCCCGUAAAAGAUGGGAGUUUACUUAAUGAUCAUCUUGUAAAUGUGCACAUGUCCUAUGUGCAGAUGAUUUACAUGCUAACAAAUCUUUCUUUCGGCAUCACUGCAGGUGCAACCACACCCAGGAAAACACAUAAUCAACUAUCUAUAAUCCUCUGAUUAAUAAUAAAAUAAACUGUUGUUUAAAGUA